GUCAGCGAAUCAACCAUUAAUCUUCUAUUUCCUCUAAUUCUCUUCUCUCUAUAUAUAUAUGUAUCUGCCUCAUGGAAAAUAGACAACAUAGCCCCAGUUGCAGAACCUUGUCUCUGCAUCAUCAUAAUUCUCUCAAUUGAGGAGCCCAAAGGGAUCAAAUCUCUUCAACCCAGAAGAAGAAAAACAAAAGAGAAAUUAUAGAAUUAAGUUGCUAUAGCUAAUAGCUAUAACUGGCUUAGAUAUACCAUUUUUAUUUUAUUUUUAUUUUGGGGUGUACAAAAUGGGAAGACCACCUUGCUGUGAUAAAAUUGGGAUUAAGAAAGGGCCUUGGACUCCUGAGGAAGACAUCAUCUUGGUCUCUUACAUUCAAGAACAUGGACCCGGAAAUUGGAGAUCGGUUCCCAGUAACACAGGUUUGAUGAGAUGCAGCAAAAGCUGCAGACUCAGAUGGACCAACUAUCUCCGACCUGGUAUCAAACGAGGCAAUUUCACCGAUCAUGAAGAGAAAAUGAUAAUCCACCUCCAAGCUCUUUUGGGUAACAGAUGGGCUGCUAUAGCUUCCUACCUUCCACAAAGGACAGACAAUGACAUAAAGAACUAUUGGAACACCCAUUUGAAGAAGAAGCUGAAGAAGAUGCAAAUUGGGGGUGGUAGUGAUGAUGAUAAUAAUGAUGACAAAUCAAACUCUUCUAACAAUUCACAAAUAAAGGGUCAAUGGGAAAGAAGACUUCAAACAGAUAUCCACAUGGCCAAACAAGCCUUAUGUGAGGCCCUAUCUCUUGACAAACCAACCCAAAUUUUCCCAGAGACCAAAUUACCCUCCACUUCUUCACACCACCACCCCACAACAACAACAACACCAAACCAAACAACAUCCUUGUAUGCAUCAAGCACAGAAAACAUAGCCAGAUUGUUGGAGAAUUGGAUGAAGAAAUCACCAAAUAUGGCGACCACGACGACAACAACAAUGGAGACAAAACCCUUCAGCAAUAAUAACAUGGUAAUAACCACAGGGUCUAGUUCUAGUGAGGGAACACAAAGCACAAUCACAUGCACACAGGAGUAUGCCCUUGACUCCUUGUGGAGCUUCAACUCUGAACGCUCUUCUCAAUCUGAAGAAAACACCAACUUGGGUGAGAGCAAGCCACAGUACCAAGAGCCUCAAGAGACACAAGUCCCUCUCAUGUUGCUGGAGAAUUGGCUCUUUGAUGAUGCUGCACCUCAAUGCAAUGAAGAUCUAAUGAACAUGUCACUCGAGGAAAGUACAGAAGGGUUGUUCUAAUUGACGAUCCUAACGAUGUAGCGGACUUGAGGUCGGAACAAAAUUCAUGUAACCAAAUCAACCACAAAGGGUCUUUGAAAAAAAAAAAUAAGAGUAUGCGUGCGUGUGUGAAUUAAACUUUAUUAGAGUUCUUGCAAAAUUGAACUACUUUUCUAGGCCCCCCAGUAGGAAGGUAACUCCCUCAAUACAAGCAAAGUGUACAUUACAAGUACAUCUAUAAUUAACUACGAUUAUGUUAGCUUAUCUUAUCUACCAUAAUAACUGGAGUUGAAUAUAUGUUGUGUUUUUACUUUUUA